AUGGCAUCGAAAACAUCACUUUUUGACUUACCAAAUGAACUUUUUCCAUGUAUUUUUCAAUAUUUGAGCGCAAUUGAUCUCUUAAAAAUAUUUUCUGAUUUUGAAUCACGACGACUUCAAGCUCUCAUUCAACCAUUUAUUGCACGAUUAGAUAUUUCUCAAGAAUCUAAUGAAUGGAUUCAAAAUUAUCUACCAAAUAUAUUGACAAAAAAUAAAAUUAUUGCGCUUCGUCUACAAAUGAAUCAUUUAGUUCUCAUAUCAGAACAUUUACUAUCAACUAAUAUUCAAUCUAUGCAAGUGACUAACUGGAAUGUUUCAAUUGAUUUUUCAGAACAAAUUAUGGCUCAUCUUCGUCGAAAUUUAAAAAAGUUGUCAAUCGUACAACCUGAUGAUAAUGAAUUUAGUGAUCUAACUAGUCUAUUGUUUCGAUCUGAUUCUCAAUUGAAACAUCUUAUCAUAAAGGAUUGUGUUCUAUAUAUUUCUAAUGAUGAUAUUGAAACUUGUACUCGAUUAACACAUCUCUCAAUUGAAUUAGAAGGAAUGAAUCCAGUAUUUAUACUUAUUGAACAUUUACCCAAUCUUGAAGAAUUGAAAGUUAGAAUUCACAGUCAAGAAUGUAUUGUUCAAACAGCACCUAAUACAAAUGGUGUAAAGCCAUGUAAUAAACUUCGUUCUGUUACUUUUACAGGUUGGAUCAAAUAUUUUAAUCAUAUGGAAAAUUUCUUUGCUACAUUUGGAUCAACAAUUGAAUAUCUUUCAAUGAAUAUCGAUUCUAGAUAUGACUUAUUCGAUGGUAAACAACUUGAGCAUAGACUACUUGACAAGAUGCCACGUUUAUCUUCACUUGAUUUAAUCAUUUUUUCACCAUUAGUUGGUAAUGAUCCUAUAGAAAUCGAAACAUUUCAAAGUUUUGCUUGGCAACAAUUCAAUCCUAUUGCGUACUGGAAUGAUGUUCAUGCUAAACAACAUAUGAUUUUUACAUUACCAUACAAAUCUGAUCAAUUUGAAUAUUUUUCAAAUGAUUUUGUUUUAAAUUGUGUAUCAAAUCGAUCAAUUUCAAUUUGUUUUGAACGUGUUCGCAUGCUCUCACUCAUUCCUACAACACCAUUAAAUCUAGAAACAUUCCUAUUUAUUGAAAAAGUUUUUCCAAACGUUACAACAAUUAAUUUAACCCGUUGGAUUAUUGAUCUUUUAGAUGAAAGUGAAGAUGAAAAAGAUAGAAAUCUUACAGUUAUGGAUGGAGAUCUUCUUUUAGAUACUAGUUUACAAAUACGAUCCGUUACAAAAUUCUGCAUAUCUUUAUGGUCUCCAUUUAAUGAUUAUAAAACCUUUCGUCGGUUUGUUCAACUUUUUCCAAAUUUAAUUUGUCUCGAACUCGAUAUUGAAUUAUCACUUCUACAUGAUAUUUUGAAACAUGAACAAGAAGAUAAAUUUGUCAAAACUUUAUUAGCUCGUAUCGAACAAUUGAAUAUUACUUAUGGCGAUGACAAAAAUAUGGUCAUUGAUGCUGAAAUUUCUUAUCUCUUUCCAAAUGUCAAGAAUCUUGUUAAGAAAAACCGUCAUAAUUUAGGGUGA